AGUGCUAAUAAGGGAUUAAGAAAAAAAGAAAUUUAAGAUGAAACAAAAGCCAUUGCAAAGCUUGCUAUAAAUAAUGAAUGUCUCUCUUAUAGCCUAUUUUCUUGGCUGACAUUUGGCUGUUCAUUUUUAAUUAUACCAUCAUCUUUAGGGCACUCAAUUGAUCAACUUUUCAACACUAUGAAAAUGGGAGGAACGAAUUCAGGGCUUCAGUAUAAGAGAUGAAAGGCUUCAAGGGAAGAUUGCUGAAGAAACUGAAAUUCAUACCUGCUAUCAAGUCUUUGAGAAAAAGCUUUGCCUUCCACCCAUAUCACAAACACCCUUUCUCCAAUCAUAAUCGCCACAGUCAACCAGUUUACAAAGACCAAGACUGCAAAAUCAGCAUUCAUAUCCCUGACCCAGUUAUUCAUUCUAAAGAUCAAAAGGGUAAAGGAAGUGAUUUGGAUCAAUUUGAUGUUGGCCACCAGGAUAAUAACAAGCCUGCACCCAAGAUUGAGUUCAAAGAGACAGCCACUAAAGAGGGUCAUUCUCAGCUUCCAAUCGCCUCAAACGCCUUUGACAAACUUGAAACUGUGAAGAUUCAUUCACCCUUGAAAGAUUUCGAAGAGAAAUGUCCACCAGGUGGGGAAGAUGCAGUGGUUUUAUACACAACAAGCUUGAGAGGGAUUAGGAAAACAUUUGAAGAUUGCAACGCUAUCAGAUAUCUUCUGAGCAGUUUCAGGAUAUUGGUCCAUGAAAGAGAUGUCUCAAUGGACUUGGAGUUCAGGGAAGAACUCUGGAGGUUAUUUGGUGAAAAAGUAAUCCCUCCAAAGCUGUUCAUAAAAGGAAGAUACAUAGGAGGAGCUGAUGAAGUCAUUGGACUCCAUGAGGAAGGAAAGCUUAAGAAACUCUUCGAAGGGAUACCUUCAAAUAUCCCUUGCAGUGAGUGUGCCAAUAUGCGGUUCUUGGUUUGCCCCAACUGCGAUGGCAGCCGCAAGGUUUUUGCAGAAACGGAUGAUGAUGAUGAGAUGUGCUUGAAAUGCCCUGAUUGCAAUGAGAAUGGGUUGGUUAAAUGCGCUGCUUGCUGCUGAAAAAUUGUUUUACCUUCUUUGACGAUAUGUUUCACCUUUUGACUUUAUGUUGUUAUAUACUUCCCUUUGCCUUUAUAUAACAGAUCUCAUUUGCAGGCCUCAAAAUAGUUUGUUUUGUUUGUAUAUGAAGAAAACGACCAAUUGCGUCUUAUUUUCCAUCAACUCAUAUAACAAUGGUAUCGAUUGUGAUGUUUUUGGUA